GUGGGUGAAAAUACAUUCGCGAAUCUCACAUGGUCAGAAACAUCUAGAAUCAAGAUCAGCUCGUCCUCAGUGUCGAUCGUUUGGGGGUUAAGACAAACAUUUCAUUUUUGUGUGAAAUUUUUAAUAGGACGUGAUACAACACAUUUGAGAACAUGGAAACCGAUAAGGCCCAAGAAGAACAGAAACCAUCAGAAAGUGCAGUAGAUAUUUCUCUCGAAUCGGACGGUGGAAUUUUGAAAGAAAUUUUACGAGAUGGCGAAGGCCACACAAGUCCAUCUCCUGGAGACACCGUGUUUGUUCAUUAUGUCGGGACACUUACAAAUGGGGAACAGUUUGAUUCUAGCAGAGAUAGGGGCGAGAAGUUUGAAUUUCAGCUGGGAAGAGGUAAGGUGAUCAAGGCAUGGGAUCAGGGCGUGGCAACGAUGAAGCGUGGGGAGCUGGCCAAGCUGUGGUGUAAACCGGAGUAUGCCUAUGGCGAGGCAGGUGCCCCGCCCAAGAUCCCCCCUAAUGCUACACUUGUAUUUGAAGUAGAAUUAUUUGACUGGAAAGGUGAUGAUAUAACGGAAAGUAAAGAUGGUGGCAUCAUUAAGCAUGAAAUAAAGAAAGGCGAGGGGUUCAACACUCCAAAUGAUGGUGCUAUGGUAAAUAUUCAUUAUAGUGGUCGAUACGAAGGUAAAGUUUUUGAAGAUCGCGAUGUAGAGUUCGAAGUUGGAGAGGGGGCAGACAAGGGCGUUGUAGAAGGCCUCGAGAUAAUUGCCAAAAACUUAAAAAGUGGUGAGAGAGCGAGGUUCGAUGUUUCCUCCAAAUAUGCCUAUGGAGCUGCCGGGAAUACGGACUUCAAUAUUCCCCCUGGAGCCGCCGUGGAGUAUGAAGUUGAGAUGAAGUCCUUUGAAAAGGUGAAGGAAGGCUGGGAGAUGGACACAAAGGAGAAGCUGGAACAGUCGGAGAUCGCCAAAUCUAAAGGAACAACGUUUUUUAAGGCUGAGAAUUAUAAGAAGGCGAUACAGCACUACCAGAAGAUUGUGUCGUACCUGGAGUUUGAGACGAGCCUGGAAGAGGAGGAUCAGAAGAAGCGAGAUGCGUUGAUGUUGGCGGCGCACCUCAACUCCGCCAUGUGCCACCUCAAGACCGGGGACAGUCUCAAGGCCGUGGAGCAGUGUGAUAAGGCUCUCGAGUUUGAUAAAAAUAGUGCCAAGGCUUUAUUCAGGAGGGGACAGGCACGAUUCCAGACUAGCGAGUACGAAAAGGCUCGAGGCAACUACGAGGAAGUGUUGAAGGUGGAACCCGAUAAUAAGGCAGCCAGGAAUCAAAUAGCUCAGUGCAACCAGAAAAUAAAACAGUUCAACGAUAAGCAGAAGAAGAUCUAUGCAGGAAUGUUUACAAAGUUUGCAGAGCGAGAUGCGAAGAACGUUCCAAAGUACAAGGUAAUAAAUAAUGACGAUCUGGUAGUGGAUGAAUGGACGAAUGAUAUGGCUCGGGGAAUGAUGCCCCUCGAACAGGAAAUGGAAGCCUUUGGCGAGAAAAUGCCAGACAAAGAUGCGUCAAAUGCAAACGGAACAGAAGACAUGUGACACAUUGAACAAUAGCCACACUGACUCUGCAGGGUGGAAGAGUCGGAGAAUGAAGCACCAGAGACCGAAGUGGAGCCAGGUCCAGGGAUGGAAAACGGAGGCGACGAAUCGUCCGCCACACCAACAGAACCAGCCGAGGUGUAACCUUUGUCCUUGACCCUUUGACCUUUCAUUCAUUGUUACCUUGAUUAUGUAGCAUUUGUCCAUCUCUGAAUAAAUCAAGAAUCUACAUUGAUACAUUUUGUAAACAAUUUUAUACCUGUCUGUGAUUACCACUAAGUGUCUAUGAAAUUCAAAUCAUUUUAUGGAAUUUACAUUUUUGUGGUUAUGUGAAAAUUAGAUUGUCAUUAACUCGGUGUUUGAAAAUGUUGAGAUGAAAUUAGUGCAUUAGCAUAAAAUGCUGUGAGAUUUGUGAGGACCACUGAUAAUAAUAUACCUGUCAGUGUCUCUGUGUCAACAUUGGGGCAGUGGGGUAGCCUAGUGGUUAAAAUGUUCGCUCAUCACGCCGAAAACCCAGGUUCGAUUCCCCACAUGGGUACAAUGUGUGAAGCCCAUUUUUUGGUGUCCCCGCCGUGAUAUUGCUAAAAGCGGUGUAAAAAAGUACUCACUCAACUCACUGUGUCAACAUCACAUGACCUGGUCAGCUGACCUAUGGCCUGGUCAGCAGAGUUAGCACCCCUUGUGAAAAAUGUAAAGGAAUAUCUGUAGAUUAACUGCAGAGCUAUGAGGAAUUACAGAUUAUUUGUCCAAAGUGAAAUCUUUAACAUAAACUUUAACAAAAGGGCGGUCAGGUAGCCUAUUGGUUAAAUCGUUCGCUCUUCACGUCAAAGAGCCGGGUUUGAGUCCCGACAUGGGUACAAUGUGUGAAGCCCAUUUCUGGUGACCCCCGCCGUUAUAUUACUGGAAUAUUGCUAAAAGCGACAUAAAACCCUACUCACUCACUUUAACAUAAACUUCUGACUGUUUGACCUUUUGACCCUGGGCCCUGUUCUAUGAAUUGGUAAAAGUGUUGGUGGUUGUUCAGCUGUGGGAGUUACGAUCAUGAGAGAGUUAGGAUCUUUUUGUGGAUUAGGGCCCUUUCUCCGGAGAAGUCCACAAACAGAGAUGGCAAGUCAUUUAUAAUCAUUUUGAUGGGAAAUUUGGGGAUCAAGAAUCUUAAAGGAAUACGAAUGUGGUUCCUGUGACCAGUUGUUCAGACAUGUUGGUACUUUUCAUUCAUUCUUCAUAAGGAUGUCUGUAUUGUGUUGAGUGUUUCUCAUCUUCUACAAGCCCUGUAUCACCAUCCCACUCAAGACUAAAUUAUUUUUAUUAUAUCCACUCAUUUGCCUGCUAAUCAUAUAUGUUCCCUCACUGGAUGAUACGUAACAAAUUUCCUGUUUCUAAGAAGAAAAAAGUAUAAUAUUAGAAUAAGGGAGGUAACUCUGCUUCUUGAUUUGCUUCGUUCGCGCUCUCCGUCUUAAUCAACACUGAACACUGUUACAAGCAAUCACUGCGCUUAGAAUGUGGCAAGAUAGAAAUUGUGAACCAUUUUGACAUAUCUAAACCAACUGUCAAAUUAUCAGUUCCAUUUUCAACAAAAGGCAGGGUUUUUUUGUUUUUUUUGUUUUUUGUUGUUGUUGUGUAGUUCCAACUGACUUGAGGCUGAGCAUCGAUAUAAGAUACUCAGAAAAUAAUACGGAUGACUUCUCGUGCUUAUUUUUUCUCUCCAUUCCAUCGGCCAAGAUCCAAGCUGGACCACUCUCCAGAUGUAAUCAUUAUAGGUGAAAUAUGUGUGUGUUUAAUAUUACAGGAACUUCAGGUUAGGGUCACCGUCAUUUCAUGUAUAUGUUUAGUUUCAUCUUUGAUGAACAUCGACUCAUGAAGUUCAUAUAAAAUUCAGUGGGUUUUGUUCGUUGUUAAUUUGACCAAAUAAUUUGUUAACAUAUUUUUUCAAUAGGUCUGUGCUCACUGCAGUGGUAGAGAGCACUGGACAUGAUUGUUAAUAUCGUAAACAAAUAAACAUUGUCUUAUUUUA